AUGUUCAACUCAAUGUACCGUUACAUAUCUGUGAUAACGCUGCUGGUGUUUGCCACCAUGAACGAGAGCACGUCGUCUAAGUUAGGAGACAUGGAAGAAUUGCUUAAGGGCACUUUGAAUGAUUUACCCGAAUUAGCUAAGUCGAUUACCAGAGAUGAAGAAGAAAUUACAAAACUGCAAAAUAAGAUUAUUAAUGAAGUCACAGAAUCCGGCGAGAGAACCCUUGAGAACUUUGUCAGCUGUUGCAGAAGAUUUUAUGAAAGCUACUCCGGAAACGAAUUAUUCAAAUUGACCUUAGACAAGCUGAAAUGGUUCGCUGAUGUAUAUGGUCUUUUCCCAGAGCAGCAGACCAUUCGAGGAUGUCUCAAUAAAGAGGUUGAUGUUUACGCAGCUAAGUUGCGAGCAGAACAAGCAUUCGACUGUGAAGAUUAUAUACCAACAGGAAACCGUUUGGAUAUAACAGACUUGAAGCAUAAAAUAAGAGAUGUUUAUGAGCGCAAACUGUUCUAUGCUUCAGCCCUUAUGCUCAAGAGAUUACUUGAAGAAGAUAUCCAGAAGUUGAAACAAGCUGGAGUAGAAAACUAG